AUGACUCAUCCUUCCGCUCGACUACCUCUCGCCUCCUGGAUCGGGGCCAAACGCGACCAUCGCUCUCCAGAUGCUUCCGGCAACAGAUACGGAAAACUACGGCGGACCAGGUGGCUCUGGUACAGCAGCUAUGCUGAGCUUUUCGGAACAUAUGAUGGCGGGUCAUUCGAUAUCCUCGAUUUUGAUCCGCGGGGUGUCGGCGUGAGCACGCCGUUGCUUCACUGUUUCGAUUCGGACGCACAGCAAAAGAUAUGGGAUCUUCCUAUCGUCAGCCUUCUUCCCAACAUCACAGAUAGCUCAAUAAGAAUGGUGCGCGCUCGCGCGAGAGCAGUCGGUAAGAGAUGCGAAGAGCUGAGCGGAGGGAAUGGGAAAGUCGAUCUUGGCGCUUCUGCAGAAGAGUGGGGAGCCGCUCGAUUCAUGAGCACCGCAAGCGUCGCAACUGACAUGCUGAAGAUCACUGAGAAGCUGGGUCAAGAUAAAGUGCACUACUGGGGAUAUUUUGCCGCGAUGUAUCCGGACAAGGUGGGCCACAUGGUGCUAGAUGGUGUCUUCGACGCAUACGACUACCGCUCGUCAAUGUGGAACACGAACUUUAUGAACACCAACUCGAUUUUUGACGCGUUCUUCUCGCUACGUCAUGUAGCUGGUCCAGACAAGUGCGCGAUGUACGACUCGACCCAGCACCGGAUUAGGAUGAGAGUUGACAGUGUGAUGCAGCGUCUCGCAGAAGAGCCUGCUAUUGUCCCUUUCGCCCACGGCGGACCCGCUCUCAUCACCACAACACAACUUCAGCAGUUUCAGUUCCUAGCGACGUACAGUCCCUUCCAGAUUUUCUCCUAUCUGGCAGAUCUAUUGGUGGCCAUAGAGCGGAAUAACCAGACCGCCCUGGCUUUACUCACGAACGGAUUCACGCCUCUCUUCAUUUGUGCCGAGACAUGUAGAGACGCUCCAGAUCACUGGGCUGAGUUCGCCCAAGCACUGGCGGCCAUCGCAUGCGGAGAUGGGGACCCAGUCUCGUACGAUUCAGAGGGCCAAAAACGGGACUUUGAGCGCAUGUACGCCCAAGCGUCAUUUGCUGCUCCCUUCUGGACUGGCCAUUACCUUCGCUGCGCCGAAUGGCGCAUCCGACCCAAGUGGCGCUACACAGGCUCCUUGAAAGCCGCGCAGACCGCUCAUCCGCUGUUGCUCCUCUCGCCGCGCUAUAACCCUGUGGCCCCGCUCUUACAUGCGCAGGCCGUGCAGAUACGAUACGGAAGAGCGGGCCUCCUUGUGCAGAAUUCGUGA